AUGUCAGAGUAUGUCAUGCUAUUCCAUGGUGAUCUCAGCAUCAGGGAACACCUUCUGGCUGCACAGCAGCAAUGUGCAAUUGAAGAUACACCCUGGAAGUGUUUUCAGCAUGUUAUCUUCAUUCCAGGUUUGUUCCACCUCAAGAUGGCCAGUGCAGAUGCCAUAUGGCACACCUUUCUGCAGCCAAUUUCAGCACAAGAUGAUGACAGUGCAUUGAUGCAGGACAUUGGAAUUCUUCAUCCUAAAGAAACAGGAAUAUAUGGAUCAAAACCAGGUUUUCAUUACAUGCACCAACUAAUCACUUAUGAUGUCGAGGCCAAAAAGCACAACUCCUUACACAUGGACCUAGAAAAAUUCGCUGCAUCAGAACCUUCAUUUGAUGACUUGAAAAACAUGGCAGAUCAACUUGCAUGCACUUACAUUGCCAAUCACAGACUGCAGUGGAUGAGAUCAGCACAGCAUGCACAAUGCAACAAGCAAUACAAGAACUGUCUCUUACUCAACAAGUACAUGCUACUGUAUGAGGAGCUCUCAUAUGCGAUGAACUUGGGGGACAUUGGUCAAGUGGAGACAUGUGUUGUUGCAUGGAUCAUGAUACUCAAAGCUACAUGGAAGCAUAAGUAUGCCAUGCAUAUGACUGAUUUCUUAUGCAACACCCACUUCUAUUACCCCAAAGGGUUGAGAAAGGCAAUUUGGUAUCAUAUUCUCAUUAACCCAACUGGGAAGAAGGGCAAGUUUCAAGCUGUUGACUGGUGUGUAAUCAAUGGAGGAAAGGGCUCUAACCAUACUGUAGACCACAUUAUCCUUGAAUCUCCUCUGGUACAGUGGAAUUUCUUGCGCACACACCUCACCAAUCAACAUGCCAAGGCAGACAUGGCACAAACUUUCAAACAGUUGUGUAUGUAUAUAGCAGAACAUUCACCACACAAGCCAAUGCUAGGACAGAAUAGCAAAUACUGUGUACCUGACCUCUUCAGCAAGGGUCUCAAACUGAUAGACAAAAAAGAGAUAGGUGUGGAUGUGGAAGCAGGUGAAGAUCAUGCAACCUUAGAAGAUCUAGCAGUAGAGCUGGGCAUAUGA